UAUUCAACGCCACUUCUGGUGAUCGGAUCAAAAAAAAAGUUGUGUUCGCUCACUCAUCUGUACUUGUACCCUCAUUCAUUCUUUUGGCAUCCUUUCCUUCUUUAACCUUUUUAUCUCAGCAUUAACAACGUCUGCAACCGACGACUGACCUGGGAGCAAGAGGAAACCAUCGAAUCAAGCACUGUCCCAUCAUCAUUCAUUAACCAAAACAGGGAAGCCCGUUCAGCGAGUCAACCAAUCUGGCACUUGACAUAUAACAGUCAUCGAUAAUACCGGAUCAGACUCAAGACAUAAUAUGUUGUCCUAUCCUUCCUUUGCACCGCUACUGGACACUGCUGGGGCCAUCACGGCUGUCUUGGACCAGACACGAGAUAUCACCACUCCGCCAGAAGAGAAUGAGACCGCGCCAAUGCCUGCUGGCAAUACUAGUACCAACAACGCGAACCCGUUCAAGGAUCGACCCAAUUUCCUCGACGCACCCAUCAAUACCACACUGGUCCCAAUUCUCAACAAACACAAUAGUCUUGACAAAGCAGCCCUGCUUGAGGCUGCAUUUAAACUAAAGCUCAUAUCCAUCCAGGAUGACCUCGCAACUAGCAUGAUCGAACUCAAAGACGCGACGUUCAGAUGCCUGGACCUGCUGUUGCGCUGUUCGGAAUUAGAGCUGAUCGACCCCUUCACCCCCCUCAACUAUAUCGAGGAAGUAUUGGAUUUUCAAACUGUCGAAUAUAGCGAACAUAUCUACGAUUAUCUAGAGUCGCGCGUCAAACGUCUCACUGUGAACAUGGUUGCUGGACGAGGAAAAGGUCUCACAUUACUCAGACUUUGCAACGAACUACUGCGACGUCUCUCAAAAGCAAAGAACACGGUCUACUGCGGAAGGAUUUUGAUGCUACUAUCAAGUGUCUUCCCUCUAACGGAACGCUCGGGAGUCAACUUGCGAGGCGAUUUCAACACCGAGAACGUGACUCUGAUCGAAGGCGAUGACGUGACAGUAGUGCCAGACUUCACUGUAUCGCCGCCUGAAUCUCAAAAAGAUACCGAGAGCAGUGUUCCAGGUGGUGAAAGCAUGGAUGUCGACAAAGAUCCGCCAAAGGGACAGGACAAUGAACAGGCAAAGAAAUCGCGGGCCUUUUACACAGAGUUCUGGGGCUUACAGGCGUUCUUUUGCAACCCCCCGACCUUGAUCAGCUCGCCAGACAACUUAACGAAACUUCAAAGAGGCAUUGAGCACACUUUGGAGAGGUUUGCUGCAGUCGAGGAAAGCGAGCAAAAGAUGCGCGGACAAAGAGCAGUGUCAGAAUCUUCAGAAGGGAAGCCUACAGAUGCGACGAGUGGGGCGAGCGAGUCAUCAACUUCUCAGGUUAUGGAUCAGACCGCCAAGUCUUCCGGUUCGGUCACUACAAAGAGAAAGCAGACUCAGAACACGGAAACGAUCCCGGAGACAACGACGUACUUCCCGAAAUUCCUAACGAGUCCUAAGUUGCUGCAACUCGAGAUUGCGGAUCCAUAUUUCAGGAAGCAUAUCCUUGUUCAGUUUCUCAUCAUCAUUCAAUACCUUGAAAGCCACACUGCAGCCGCCAAGGAAGCUUUUGCCAAGAUUUCUACCCCCAAUAAGUCAUUUCAGCCACAGUGGAUCAUGGAAGAGAAGGAUCAGGAGUGGGCUGCGUCGAUCAAAACCAAGAUAUCUAAGGAGCUGAAAGCAAUUGGAUCGGAUAAUGGCGACAAGGAUCUUUUGAGUACCGUCAAUGCUGUUUUGAGCCAUGAGUCAAGCUGGCUUCAAUGGAAAGCUGAGAGCUGCCAUUCUUUCGAGAAGCCACCUUUGACCAAAGCAGAUGUGGAGGAAACGCGGCGCAAGCGACAAAAGCUCUCAGCAGCACUAGCACCGCUCAAGCAAAAGAUGGGCUGCUACACUCUGACUGAGCUGUGGAGGGAAGUGGAGGAGCAGACGGACGAGGACACUGGGUUCGGAAGCAAUCGGCCCCCUCGUACUGUGGAUGAAUAUCUGUCUGGACUCCCCUUUGCGGUCAGGAGAGCACAGGCAAUGCGACUACGUGAAGGAAAACCCGCAUUCACGGAGCAGGAAACAAAGAGCCUGGAGCAGGCUCGGUUAUGGAGAGGACUUCGACUCGGCGCCCGGCAGUACUUGCACCUUUACGGAAAAUCUAUAACUGAUCCCAACUACACAGUGGCCACCUUGACGGCGGAUGUGAAGAAGGAUGAGGAGUGGGAGGAGGAGAUCAAAGAGAAUGGUGGCAAAGUGCCAUCGCCUAAGAUUCCUGAGGCAACUUCUGCUGUUCAUGCAACCACAGGGACAUCCCAGUCCAAAUCAACGUCAGAAACAUCCAGCCAAUCUGAGGACAAAGAUCAAAGUGAAUUCAGUAUGAAGAGGAGCGAUAGCGACGUUGAUAUGAAGGAGACGGACGUGCAAACCGAGGCUGGCGGCAUUGUGUUGGAUGAUGCGGACGAAGACAACUUGGCAAACGAGGAGCAAACGAGAGAAGUCCCGCCGUCAACGGCAACCGUGACAGAAGAUGAUGGCUCUGUCAGGGAUAAUACAACAGAGAUGGACACACCCAUGGGCGAGGGCUCAGCUGAAACGGACGAGAAGACUACAGUAGCGGCAGAGAUGGCCGAGCCCAUUGUUAUAUCGCUCACCAAGAAGGGUUCAGCAGAAUAAAAAUAUCACGUGCAUAGUUGUAGC